GUUGUGCUGUGGUCCGUGAGCUUAGCUAUUGCGUUCACCUCUUUUAAAUGGACAUUUCUAUGGAUGUCGCUGGUUAUCACCAUUAUAUUGACAGUUACAACAGUUGUGCUGUCUCUGCAACUACCGUCACUGAGUGAAAAGGGAUUCAUCUUCUUUAUAGUCUUUGCUGUCUUAGCAUUCAUCACAAAGAUUUGUUAUUACUUCAUCCCGGGAACUUUACCUAAAAGU